GCGGCGGCGCGCCGUGGGCCCUUGGCCGGGGGGCUGCUGGUAGUACCUCCGCUGUGCAAAAUGGAGCCUCUUUAAAGGCUGCUGAAUCUCAUUUCUGGCGUACCAGAUGCAGCCGUGCCCCUGAGGCUCAGCAGAGCCAAAGCAGAACUGCAGCAAUGAGCAACGAGGUCUGUGCGUGAGGAAGGAGCGAAGGCGGCCCCUCGCAAGGCGGCUGCCGAGCCAGGGGAGCGCGAGGGGCCGGGCAAGGCCGGCGGCGGCGGGGGAGCGACGCGAAGGGCCCGAGCGAAGUCGCCGCACGUGAGAGAGGACUUACUGCUAUGGAGAAGAAGCUGGCUGAAUACAAGUGUAAUACAAAUGAGGCAAUUCAGCUGAAGCUAGUUCGCUUUCCUGAGGAUUUAGAGGAUGAGAACACAACAUUUAAUCCAGAGUACAGCCAUCAAGUGUUUGGAGAUGAUGAAGUUGCUUUUGGCUACAAGGGACUCAAGAUCCUCUUGUAUUACAUUGCUGGAAACCUGUCAACACUCUUCCGCGUUGAAUACACAUCAAGAGUAAAUGAAAAGUUUGACUGUGUGGAGGCAGAUGAUGUGGAAAGUAAAAUUAGAGAAAUCAUUCCGCCUGGUUUUUGCACAAACACAGAUGACUUUGUGUCUCUGCUGGAGAAGGAGGUCAACUUCAAGCCCUUUGGAAUGCUGUUACACACAUAUUCUAUCCAUAAUGAGGAAGCUGGUGAAGAUAUAACGUAUCAGAUAUACAAGGCUGACAUGACAUGUCCAGGCUUUCGAGAAUAUCAUGAAAGGCUUCAGACGUUCUUGAUGUGGUUUAUUGAAACUGCUAGCUUUAUUGAUGUAGAUGAUGAAAGAUGGAACUACUUUCUAGUAUUUGAGAAGUAUAAUAAGGAUGGAGCUACGCUCUUUGCGACCGUAGGCUACAUGACAGUCUAUAAUUACUAUGUGUACCCAGACAAAACCCGGCCACGUGUAAGCCAGAUGCUGAUCUUACCACCAUUCCAAGGAGAAGGCCAUGGUGCUCAGCUGCUUGAAACAGUUCAUAGAUACUACAUGUCUUCUCCUACAGUACUUGAUAUAACAGCUGAAGAUCCUUCUGAGAACUAUGUGAAGCUUAGAGACUUUGUUCUUGUAAAGCUCUGUCAAGAUUUGCUUUGCUUUUCCCCAGUAAAGUUAAUGCAAGGUUUCAGUCAAGAAAUGGUGACGGAAGCUCAACAAAAAUUGAAAAUAAAUAAGCAACACACAAGACGAGUUUAUGAAAUUCUCCGGUUGCGUGCAACAAAUAUGGGUGAUGCAGAACAGUCCAGAAGCUACCGGUUGGAUGUUAAAAGAAGACUGAUUGGGCCCUAUAAGAAAAAACAGAGAGAACUUGCCAAGAUGAGAAGGUGUCUAAGACCAGAGGAGAUGACAAAUCAGUUGAACCAAAUAGACCUAAACUUGCAACGUGAACAGUUAGAAGAGAGCUUCCAACAGCUUGUUUCAGAUUACCGAAGAGUCCUAGAACGACUUGCACAAGCAUGAGGAUCCUACUUGUACAGGAAACUUGCAGAUAUCUAUACAGUGUUGUAAAACACAUCCUUAAUUGCCACUUACCUGCAAAAAAAUCUCAUGUGACGUUUUAAUCACAUUAAAGGUGACUUGUGUUCCUGUGCAUUUUGAAUAUUUUCUAUUUUUGUGUUGUAGAUUUAAAAAUGUUGUACUUUAGGUUUUGGGGCACUUCUUGAUGAAAUAAAAAAUGUAGAUUCUCAGA